CGAAAAUUGCCAAAACGUUUAGCGUGAACGCGUUUUCAAUAGUAGUGUUAUUGGUAAUUUUUAGUGAAAAAAUCAUUCAAAACUAAUGAAUACUUGUAUCAAUUUGUUCCUAAGUGAAUAGUGUAAGCGCUUACCAAAAUGUCUCUUCCGCCUUAUAUGAUACCGCCCAAUCAAUGGGCGGCCCAUAUGAUGGCCCAGCAGCAAGCUUUCGCUGUUCAGCAGGCUCAAGCCCAGCAUCAACAUCAAGCCGCGGCAGCACAGAUGCAUGCACAGCAGUUGGCCGCAACGCAGAUGCAGAUUCCUCCACCGAUGGGACACAUUCCACCACCGGGUCCGCCUAAACCGGACAAUGUCCUGUCGGAGGAAAAGUUAAUAGAGAAAGCCCAGAAAUGGCAACAAUUGCAGACGAAGCGAUUCGCAGAGAAGCGCAAGUUUGGGUUUGUUGACGCACAGAAGGAGGACAUGCCACCGGAACAUAUUCGCAAAAUUAUUCGCGAUCACGGCGAUAUGACCAGUCGAAAAUAUCGGCACGAUAAGCGCGUUUACUUGGGAGCGCUAAAGUACAUGCCACAUGCUGUGAUGAAACUUCUGGAGAACAUGCCUAUGCCGUGGGAGCAAAUCCGAGAUGUUCCGGUGUUGUAUCACAUCACGGGAGCAAUUACGUUUGUGAACGAAAUUCCGUGGGUGAUCGAACCCGUUUAUAUAGCCCAGUGGGGAACGAUGUGGAUAAUGAUGCGCCGCGAAAAGCGCGAUCGUAGACAUUUUAAACGAAUGCGAUUUCCUCCAUUUGACGACGAAGAACCUCCGUUGGAUUAUGCUGACAACGUGUUGGAUGUUGAACCUUUGGAAGCCAUCCAAAUUGAAUUGGAUACUGAAGAAGACGGAAGUGUUCAUGAUUGGUUUUACGAACACCGUCCUCUGAUUGGCACACCGUAUGUUAAUGGGUCAACCUAUCGAAAGUGGAACUUGGCUCUGCCCCAGAUGGCAACUCUUUAUCGGCUAGCCAACCAGUUGCUGACGGAUCUGGUAGAUAGCAAUUUCUUCUACCUUUUUGACCCGAAAAGUUUUUUCACGGCCAAGGCCCUAAAUAUGGCUAUUCCGGGAGGACCAAAGUUCGAGCCUCUUAUUAAAGAUCACAACGUUGGGGAUGAGGAUUGGAACGAGUUUAAUGAUAUAAACAAAAUUAUUAUUCGUCAACCAAUACGAACUGAGUACAGAAUUGCCUUUCCGUAUCUGUACAAUAACAUGCCCCAUUUUGUGCAUCUGUCAUGGUAUCACACUCCGAAUGUGGUGUUCAUCAAAACCGAGGAUCCCGAUCUGCCGGCGUUCUACUUUGAUCCGCUUAUCAAUCCGAUCGCUCAUCGUCAUGCCGUAAAAUCGAUGGAACCUCUGCCGGACGAUGACGAAGAAUUUACUCUACCGGAAGAGGUACAACCGUUUUUACAGGACACCCCGCUCUAUACGGACAAUACUGCCAAUGGCAUCUCUCUGCUUUGGGCUCCACGCCCCUUCAAUAUGCGCUCGGGACGAUGUCGUCGGGCUAUCGAUAUUCCACUUGUCAAGGGUUGGUACAAAGAGCAUUGUCCUCCGGGACAUCCGGUUAAAGUUCGUGUGAGCUACCAGAAACUUCUUAAAUACUAUGUGCUGAAUGCGCUGAAACAUCGCAAACCGAAACCUCAGAAGAAGCGCUAUUUGUUUCGUUCUUUCAAAGCGACCAAGUUCUUCCAGACUACGACACUGGAUUGGGUCGAAGCUGGUCUGCAGGUGUGCCGUCAGGGUUACAACAUGCUUAAUUUGUUAAUUCAUCGCAAGAAUCUAAACUAUCUCCAUCUGGAUUACAACUUCAAUCUGAAGCCCGUGAAAACACUGACCACUAAGGAACGUAAGAAGUCUCGAUUCGGUAACGCAUUCCAUCUGUGCCGUGAGAUUCUCCGUUUGACCAAGUUGAUAAUUGAUUCGCAUGUUCAGUACCGGUUGAAUAAUGUGGAUGCUUUCCAGCUGGCCGAUGGAUUACAGUACAUUUUUGCGCAUGUUGGACAGCUGACCGGUAUGUACCGGUACAAGUACAAACUGAUGCGACAGAUUCGUAUGUGCAAGGAUUUGAAGCAUUUGAUCUACUAUAGAUUCAACACGGGUCCGGUUGGAAAAGGUCCAGGGUGUGGAUUCUGGGCACCAGGUUGGCGCGUGUGGCUUUUCUUCAUGCGCGGAAUAACACCACUGCUGGAACGUUGGCUCGGUAAUCUGCUGUCGCGUCAGUUCGAAGGUCGUCACUCGAAGGGUGUUGCAAAGACGGUUACCAAACAGCGGGUCGAGUCGCACUUUGAUCUGGAGUUGCGUGCAUCUGUUAUGCACGACAUUGUCGAUAUGAUGCCGGAGGGCAUCAAGCAGAACAAAGCUCGUACAAUUUUGCAGCAUCUUUCGGAGGCUUGGCGUUGCUGGAAGGCAAACAUUCCGUGGAAGGUUCCUGGUCUACCGAUUCCGAUUGAGAACAUGAUUCUACGUUACGUGAAGAUGAAGGCCGAUUGGUGGACCAAUACGGCCCACUACAAUCGAGAACGUAUCCGACGUGGUGCCACCGUGGACAAAACUGUCUGCAAAAAAAAUCUGGGUCGAUUAACACGUCUCUAUCUGAAGGCGGAACAAGAACGUCAGCAUAACUACUUAAAGGAUGGACCGUACAUUUCACCGGAAGAGGCCGUGGCAAUCUAUACGACAACGGUUCACUGGUUAGAAUCCCGUCGAUUUGCUCCAAUACCGUUCCCUCCGUUGUCGUAUAAACACGACACGAAAUUGUUGAUUUUAGCUCUGGAACGAUUGAAGGAAGCUUACAGUGUCAAAUCUCGACUAAAUCAAAGCCAACGUGAAGAACUGGGACUGAUCGAACAAGCUUACGAUAACCCACACGAAGCUUUGUCCAGAAUCAAGCGUCACUUGCUCACUCAAAGAGCAUUCAAAGAGACUGGUAUUGAGUUUAUGGAUUUGUACAGCCAUCUUAUUCCGGUGUAUGAUGUAGAGCCGCUGGAAAAGAUCACUGAUGCCUACCUGGAUCAGUAUCUGUGGUAUGAAGCAGACAAACGUCGAUUGUUCCCACCAUGGAUUAAACCUAGUGAUACCGAACCACCACCGCUGUUGGUUUACAAGUGGUGUCAAGGCAUCAACAAUCUGCAGGAAGUAUGGGACGUCUCCGAAGGCGAAUGCAAUGUUCUGCUGGAAUCCCGCUACGAGAAAUUGUACGAAAAAAUCGAUUUAACCUUACUGAACCGAUUGCUACGUCUGAUUGUCGAUCACAAUAUUGCCGAUUACAUGACGGCCAAAAACAACGUUGUCAUCAACUACAAGGAUAUGAACCACACAAACAGUUACGGUAUUAUUCGUGGGUUGCAAUUUGCUUCCUUCAUCGUGCAGUACUACGGACUGGUGUUGGAUCUGCUGGUGUUAGGUCUGCAACGGGCCAGCGAGAUGGCCGGUCCACCGCAGAUGCCGAAUGAUUUCCUGACGUUCCAGGAUGUCGCUACCGAGACGUGUCAUCCGAUUCGUCUGUACUGUCGGUACGUGGAUCGGAUUCACAUCUUCUUCCGUUUUACGGCUGAGGAAGCGAGGGAUUUGAUUCAACGGUAUCUAACCGAACAUCCCGAUCCGAAUAAUGAGAACAUCGUCGGGUACAACAAUAAAAAGUGUUGGCCACGUGACGCCCGAAUGCGGCUGAUGAAGCAUGACGUUAACUUGGGACGAGCUGUGUUUUGGGAUAUCAAGAAUCGCUUACCGAGAUCCGUAACGACGGUACAGUGGGAUAACACUUUCGUUUCAGUAUAUUCGAAGGAUAAUCCUAAUCUCUUGUUUAACAUGUGUGGAUUUGAGUGUAGGAUUUUGCCCAAGUGUCGCACUCAAAAUGAAGAAUUCACUCACCGAGACGGCGUGUGGAACUUGCAGAAUGAAGUAACCAAGGAGCGUACGGCUCAGUGUUUCCUCCGAGUGGACGAUGAAUCGUUGUCUAGAUUCCACAACCGUGUCCGUCAAAUUCUGAUGGCGUCCGGAUCGACUACUUUCACGAAGAUUGUGAACAAAUGGAAUACGGCUCUGAUUGGACUGAUGACUUACUUCCGCGAGGCUGUUGUCAACACCCAGGAACUGUUGGAUUUACUUGUGAAAUGCGAAAACAAGAUUCAAACGCGUAUCAAGAUUGGAUUAAAUUCAAAAAUGCCCUCAAGAUUUCCGCCGGUGGUUUUCUACACUCCCAAGGAAUUAGGAGGAUUAGGAAUGUUGAGUAUGGGUCACGUGCUGAUUCCUCAGUCCGACUUGCGAUGGUCGAAGCAGACAGAUACGGGUAUUACGCAUUUCCGUUCCGGUAUGUCGCACGAUGAGGAUCAGCUGAUUCCGAAUUUGUAUCGAUACAUUCAACCCUGGGAGAGCGAGUUUAUCGAUUCCCAGCGAGUAUGGGCCGAGUAUGCGUUGAAAAGACAGGAAGCGAACGCCCAGAAUCGAAGACUGACGUUGGAAGAUUUGGAGGACAGCUGGGACAGAGGCAUUCCUAGAAUUAAUACACUGUUCCAGAAGGAUCGCCACACGUUGGCCUACGACAAGGGUUGGAGAAUAAGAACCGAGUUCAAACAGUAUCAGGUACUGAAGCAGAAUCCAUUCUGGUGGACUCAUCAAAGGCACGAUGGUAAGCUGUGGAACCUGAACAAUUACCGUACCGACAUGAUCCAAGCACUAGGAGGAGUAGAAGGUAUUUUGGAGCAUACUCUCUUCAAGGGCACAUAUUUCCCCACAUGGGAAGGUCUUUUCUGGGAGAAGGCUUCGGGUUUCGAAGAGUCUAUGAAAUACAAAAAGCUGACUAAUGCACAGCGAUCCGGUUUGAAUCAGAUUCCGAACCGUCGAUUUACGCUCUGGUGGUCUCCCACUAUCAACCGAGCCAAUGUCUACGUUGGUUUCCAGGUGCAGCUUGAUCUGACGGGUAUUUUCAUGCAUGGUAAAAUCCCAACCUUGAAAAUAUCAUUGAUUCAGAUUUUCCGUGCCCAUUUGUGGCAGAAGAUUCACGAGUCGAUUGUGAUGGAUCUGUGUCAGGUGUUUGAUCAGGAAUUGGAUGCUCUGGAAAUCGAAACUGUUCAGAAGGAAACGAUCCAUCCCAGAAAGUCAUACAAGAUGAAUUCGUCUUGCGCAGAUAUCCUUCUGUUUCCGGCAUACAAAUGGAACGUUUCACGUCCCUCCCUUUUGGCAGAUACUAAGGAUACGAUGGACAACACGACUACUCAGAAAUAUUGGUUGGAUGUUCAGCUACGAUGGGGUGACUACGAUUCCCACGACGUUGAACGGUAUGCUCGUGCUAAGUUUUUGGAUUACACUACGGACAAUAUGUCAAUCUAUCCUUCUCCGACUGGAGUGCUGAUUGCCAUUGAUUUAGCCUACAAUUUGCACAGUGCCUACGGAAACUGGUUCCCGGGAUGCAAGCCACUGAUUCAGCAAGCGAUGGCUAAAAUUAUGAAAGCCAAUCCGGCCCUGUAUGUACUUCGAGAGCGUAUUCGUAAGGCUCUACAGCUGUACAGUUCGGAACCUACGGAACCGUACCUUUCCUCUCAGAAUUACGGUGAACUGUUCUCCAAUCAGAUUAUCUGGUUUGUGGACGACACAAACGUGUACAGAGUGACCAUCCACAAAACGUUCGAAGGAAACUUAACCACAAAACCAAUCAACGGAGCGAUUUUCAUUUUCAAUCCACGCACGGGUCAACUGUUUUUGAAAAUCAUUCAUACGUCGGUUUGGGCCGGUCAGAAACGUCUCGGUCAGUUGGCCAAAUGGAAAACAGCUGAAGAAGUAGCGGCUCUUAUCCGAUCACUUCCGGUUGAAGAACAGCCCAAACAAAUCAUUGUCACCAGAAAGGGUAUGUUGGAUCCCCUUGAGGUCCAUCUGCUCGAUUUCCCUAAUAUUGUGAUCAAAGGAUCGGAGCUGCAGUUGCCGUUCCAGGCUUGCUUGAAGGUGGAGAAGUUCGGUGACUUGAUUCUGAAAGCUACUGAACCGCAGAUGGUGUUGUUCAACUUGUACGAUGAUUGGUUGAAAACGAUUUCAUCCUACACGGCAUUCUCCCGUUUGAUUUUAAUCCUUCGGGCAUUGCAUGUCAAUACUGAGCGGACGAAGGUGAUCUUGAAACCGGAUAAAACAACCAUAACGGAAGCUCAUCACAUUUGGCCGACGCUCAGUGACGAAGAAUGGAUCAAGGUUGAAGUUCAGUUGAAGGAUCUGAUCCUCGCCGAUUACGGAAAGAAGAACAAUGUGAACGUUGCAUCACUGACCCAAUCCGAAAUUCGUGACAUCAUUCUGGGAAUGGAAAUUUCGGCUCCAUCUGCUCAGCGUCAGCAGAUAGCGGAAAUCGAAAAACAAACUAAGGAACAGUCUCAGCUGACGGCCACGACCACCCGGACUACAAACAAACACGGUGAUGAAAUCAUUACUUCAACGACAAGUAACUACGAAACGACAACUUUCAGUUCGAAGACCGAGUGGCGUGUUCGUGCUAUCUCGGCUACCAAUCUGCAUCUUCGUACCAACCAUAUCUACGUCAGCUCGGACGAUAUCAAAGAAACCGGAUACACGUACAUUCUGCCUAAGAACAUCCUGAAGAAAUUUGUUACCAUCUCCGAUCUUCGUGCUCAGAUUGCCGGUUACCUGUACGGCGUUAGCCCACCAGAUAACCCUCAGGUCAAGGAAAUUCGCUGCAUAGUCAUGCCCCCACAGUGGGGUACUCACCAGCAAAUAAACCUACCUAAUUCGCUCCCGUCUCACCAGUACCUAAAAGAUAUGGAGCCGUUGGGUUGGAUUCACACUCAGCCGAACGAGUUGCCCCAACUGUCUCCCCAGGACAUCACGACUCACGCUAAGAUCAUGUCCGAGAAUCCUAACUGGGAUGGCGAAAAAACUAUUAUCAUAACCUGUUCGUUUACUCCGGGAUCUUGUUCGCUAACGGCGUAUAAACUCACGCCAUCAGGAUACGAAUGGGGUCACAAAAACACCGACAAGGGCAACAACCCGAAGGGUUAUCUGCCGUCCCACUACGAGCGUGUUCAGAUGCUGCUGUCGAACAAAUUCCUUGGCUUCUUCAUGGUACCGGGUCAGGGCAGUUGGAACUACAACUUCAUGGGCGUUCGGCAUGACCCGAACAUGAAGUACGAACUGCAGCUAGCGAAUCCGAAAGAAUUCUACCACGAAGUACACCGACCGUCACAUUUCCUACUGUUUUCCAGUCUGGAGGAAGGAAGCGACGGCAACGGUGCUGACCGGGAAGAUUUGUAUGCGUAAGCAAGUUGCACUGAAUAGGGGGAUAGUAUGAGAUAAAUUAAAAUCAUUAUCAACAACUUUAGGGUUCUUGUAAAUAACGAUUUGAUUAAUGUGAACAAUUAUGCUAUUUUGAAUAAAAUAAUCUAUAACCGAA